AUCUCAUUGCCACACACUACCAACUAGUACAUCUUUAUUCAAUUCCCUUCACCCCUGUUUCAACCUAUUAUACCCAAAAUGCCAUCCAUUUCCCUAUCCCAUUACAUUAUAAAUACUGUCCAAAAGUCCCACCCCGAGACAACCCCUCUUUUGUCAUAAGAGGAGAUUUAAUUGGGUAAUUCACCAAGGAUAAUGAUUUUAAUCUGUACUCUCUCUAGUGUUGUUUCAAUAUGGUUUUUAUUGAAAAAAAGAAAAAUGUGGUACAAAGAAACAAACGAGAGCAUGAGGUGACAUGUGCGGGGUGGUGUUUUGCUUCGCUACUGCCUUGAAGAGAAACUGCAUGUAAAUUUUUGUCUACUUUUGCUCUCAUCAUCCAUUAUAUGAUGGAGACAUGGACAUACCAAAGAUUCUCCAUCCACUGCCACUACUGUGGUGGACCUUGAUCAGGAGGAAACUGCACCACGCACCACUGUUAACAUGUCUUUCAAGAAGAAGGAGCAUCUUUCCACUGCCAUGAAGAGGACUAGUGAAUGGAUUUUCUCCCAAGAGAUCCCAAGUGAUAUCACCGUUCAUGCCGGUAAAGCUUCCUUUUCAUUGCACAAGUUUCCAUUAGUCUCGAAGUGUGGAUACAUAAGAAAAUUGGUAUCAGAAUGUAGUGAUGCCGAUCUUUCUGAGAUUAAAAUCACUGAUGUUCCUGGUGGGGCAGAAGCAUUUGAACUUGCAGCAAAGUUCUGUUAUGGAAUAAAUUUUGAGAUAACUACAGAAAACAUUGCAAAGCUCCGCUGUGUGGCUGAGUAUCUCGAGAUGACAGAGGACUAUGCAGUUGGAAACCUAGUGGGAAGAGCUGAGGCCUACUUAAAUGAAGUGGCACUUAAAAGCCUUGCAGGAGCUAUUUCCUUAUUGCGUCUGUCAGAAAACCUUCUUCCAAUGGCAGAGAGAGUUAAAUUGGUGAGCCGGUGCAUAGACACAAUAGCAUAUAUGGCCUGUGAAGAUAUCCAAUUUUGUACAUCAGGUAGGGCAGAUGUUUUUAAUUCUUCCUCUCUGCCUCCCUUGAAACCCAUAGUGGAUUGGUGGGCUGAAGAUUUGACUGUUCUUAGAAUUGAUAUAUUCCAACGGGUUAUAAUUGCAAUGAUGGCAAGAGGGUUUAAAAAAUAUGCACUUGGUCCAAUACUUAUGCUCUAUGCGCAGAAAUCCCUUCGAGGUUUGGAAAUAUUAGGGAAGGUGAGGAAGAAAAUUGAGCCAAGACAAGAGCACGAGAAGAGGGUGGUUUUAGAAACAAUAGUUAGUUUUCUGCCAAGGGAGAAGAAUGCCAUGUCAGUUAGCUUUAUCUCAAUGCUGCUUCGAGCUACAAUAUAUCUUGAGACAACGGUUUCUUGCAGGCUCGAUUUGGAGAAGCGGAUGGCCUUGCAACUUGGGCAAGCUGUAUUGGAUGAUUUGCUGAUUCCCUCAUAUUCCUUUACUGGGGACACAUUGUUUGAUGUGGACACUGUGAAGAGGAUCAUGACGUAUUACCUUGAAUAUGAAAUGGGGGGGAAUCGUUUGGGCUACAAUGUGAAUGAAGAGUAUGUUUCUCCUCCUCAUACUGACAUGGAACAAGUUGGGAGGCUAAUAGAAAAUUACCUAGCUGAAAUAGCCUCUGACCGAAACUUGUCUGUUUCAAGGUUCACUAGUCUUGCUGAACUUGUACCAGAACAAUCAAGGGUUAUAGAGGAUGGAAUGUACAAAGCCAUAGAUAUUUACUUGAAGGCUCAUCCUGCUAUAAGUGACAUGGAGAGGAAGAAAGUUUGCAGCGUGAUGGACUGUCAGAAGCUAUCCCGGGAGGCCUGUGCUCAUGCUGCGCAGAAUGACCGGCUUCCUACCCAAACUGUGGUUCAAGUGCUUUACUACGAGCAACAACGACUUCGGGAGGUCGUCAAUGGCAGCCUCACGGGCGGGGAAUCCUCUGUUUUCUCCUCCAAGGUAAAUAAUUACUCCAUGGACAUCUUGCCAGCUUCAGAUGGGAUAACAAGCUUACAAAGGGAAAAUCAGGACCUCAAAUUAGAGCUUGUGAAAAUGAAAAUGAGAUUGAAAGAAAUCGAGAAGCCAACAGAUAAAUCAUCUGUAAGCAAUAUUUCGUCACCUGCUAAUACUUCUCCUUUGCCUCGGAAAUCAUUUAUAGGCUCAAUGUCGAAAAGACUUGGCCGACUCUAUCCUUUUGUGCGUGCUGAUGGAAUAACACCUCGUACGGCGAAAGGUCAGGCCAAGCCCAGCAAAGGUAGGAGGUAUUCCAUAUCUUGAGGCAUUGGUUUGUCUCUGAUCCCUCUUUGUACUUUGUUAAGUGUAUGCUAUCUUUGUUUCAUUGUUUCUGAGGCUUGAUCAGAAGAGGACUACUAUCUGCUAUGUGUUUUGAUGCUCUUCUUCUCUUCUUUUGUGUGAAAUUGAUGUAAAUUAUAGUCAUAAUGUUUCAAUUAAACUUUUCGUGUUAA